AUGCAAAAUACUAUUGCAAAUCAUCAUCACGACGGAGCCAUGAUCACUGCCCGUCGUUAUUGGACCGCCGACGAGGAGAAUUCCAUCAUUGUCUCCGCCCUCACCAACGUCAUCUGCGGCAGCUACACUGACACCAACCCCAUUUCGUCAUCAUCUCCGGUGAUUUCACUGUGUGCACAUCCGAUGGAAGUAUGCCAGGUAUGCAAGAUCGAUGGGUGUUUGGGGUGCAAUUACUUCUGGCAAAAAGCACCACCGUGCGACGGUGGAAAACAGAGGAAUGUUGCCGGUGGAAGAGGGGAGACGAAGCGGAAGAGGAAGCGGCAGUAUAGGGGAGUGAGGCAGCGGCAAUGGGGGACAUGGGCGGCGGAGAUUCGGGAUCCAUGGCGGAAAGUGAGGGUGUGGCUGGGAACCUUCGGGACGGCGGAACAAGCUGCCAGAGCUUAUGACAGAGCCGCCAUACACUUCCGUGGAGAGAAAGCCAAAACCAAUUUUCCGGAGAGUGAUUACCUGCAGCCGGAGCAGCGGCCGCCGGCGGUGAAAGUGGAACAAGAAUGCCAGAAAAGCAUGGAUACGGAUCAUAGUUUGUGACCCGAAAGGGAUCCGGUCUCCAUGGUUGUGAAGUCGUUUUAGAUUUAGAAGAAAGAGGAAUGUGUUAGUUGGUUUGCCUUUUCAAAAUAAAAUAUCGCGGGAAGAUGUUGAGUUUCAAAGGAAAUAAAGA